UCGAAUCUUACAAUUUUAUUUUACUUUGCGAAAAUUCUUUCUUUUCUCCCAUCGUUGGGUACAAUAACUUGUGAAACACGUGCACCGGAUUUUAUUAUUCAAUAGAAACUUCAAUUUUUAAUUUAAUUCUAUAUUAAAUUUAAAUUUCAGCUUUAUAUUAAACUUAAAAAUUUAUAUUUUUUUAAAUUAAAAAAGUUUGCAAAUAACAAAUGAAUUCUAUUGAUAGAAUAGUUUUUAAUAAGAGAUAAAAGGAAAAACGGUGCAUCCCAACCAAGAAAUAUUUUUCGCCGUAAAAAUAUUCCUUAAAAAUUUAUCCGGAAUUUCAAUUUAGUGGACAUAAAAUUUAAAAAUUAAAGCUUUUAAAACAAAGAAAAAAAAUUAAUAUGAAUUCUGAUAAAUUAAAACGUUUGCAAUCGCAAGUGAGAAUCGGUGGUAAAGGUACCCCACGUCGUAAGAAGAAGGUUGUACAUCAAACAGCAGCUACCGAUGAUAAAAAAUUACAAAGCUCAUUAAAAAAACUUGCUGUUAGUAAUAUACCUGGUAUUGAAGAAGUUAACAUAAUCAAAGAUGAUUUAAGUGUUAUCCACUUUAAUAAUCCAAAAGCUCAAGCUUCCUUAUCGGCUAAUACUUUUGCAAUAACUGGACAUGGCGAAAACAAAAAGGUAAUGGAAAUGCUACCAGAAAUUUUACCUCAAUUAGGACAAGACACUGUUGCUCAGUUGAGACGUCUUGCUAAUGCUGCUGCAGGUAAAUCAAUGAACAACAAUGCAACAGAAGAUGAUGAUGUUCCAAUGCUUGUGGAAAAUUUCGAGGAUGCAUCAAAAGAUGAAAUUGUUGGAAAAGUUUCAGAGACUAAGGAGGAGGCUAAAAAAGCUGUUACUCAAGAAAAGCCUAAUCAACAGAAGCCAAAAGAAGCAGGCGAAUCGAAAUCACAGAAGCAACAAAAAUCAAAUCAAAAACAAGAUAAUAAAAAACAAGAUCAAAAUAAAAAACAAAAUGAAAAAGUAAAAGGUGAGGAAAAGAAAAAGGAUAAUCAAGGUAAAAAGAAAGAUACUGUCAUUGAAUCACCGAAAGAGGGACCCAAAAAGCAAGAACAAGGAGCUUCCAAGAAACAAGAACCAUCUAAAGAAGGGGUUAAACAACAAGAACCUAUAAAAACUCAAGAAAAACCUAAAGAAGAUGCUAAACAUAAUAAAAAUCAAAAAUCUAAAGAAGGACCGAAGCAGCAAGCUCAAUCUAAGGAAGCGAAUAAACAGAAAGAACCGUCUAAAGAAGCUUCUAAACCACAAGAACAUCCUAAAGAAGGUGAAAAGUCCCAAGAACAGUCCAAAGAGAACUCCAAAGUAACACCAAAAGAGCAAGGAAAACCAAAAGACUUACCUAGUGAACAAGUCAAAGUCACUGAGCAAGCUAAAGAUAUUUCUAAACCACAAGGACAACAACAAGAAAAAUCUAAAUCCCAAGAGCAAGUAAAAGCUGAUGAAAAAGCCAAAGCAGUUCCAAAAUUGGAAGUAUUGCCAAAAGAAACUCCCAAAUUGCAGGAACAAAUCAAAGAAGUUGCUAAAACACAAGAGGUUACUAAACCAGAAGAUAGGGGUAAAGAAACUCCUAAAUUGCAAGAACUACCCAAAGAAAUUUCUAAACCGCAAGAGCAACCUAAGGAAGCUGUAAAGCCUUCAGAACAACCAAAAGAACCUCUGAAAUCAUCAGAAUCUCCUAAAUUACAAGAUCAAGUCAAAGAAUCUCCCAAAAUAGAAGAAAAAGUUAAAGAAGUUCCGAAGACACAAGAACUGCCUUCUGGACCUGCUAAAUCCCAAGAACAAUCCAAAGAAGCUCCCAAAUCCCAAGAGCAACCUAAACAAACCCCCAAACCUCAAGACCCGCCCAAAGAAAUUCCAAAACAGGAAUCAUCCAAAGAGGCCCCCAACAAGCAAGAACAGCCUGAGAAAUCUCCCAAAUUGGAAGAUCAAAUUAAACAAGCUCCCAAGCUUCAAGAACAAAUUAAAGAAGCUCCUAAAAUUGAAGAACCACCUAAAGAAGUUCCUAAAAUACCAGAAGAAUCCAAAAAAGAACCAUCUAAAGAGCCAACCCAAGUUGAAGAAUCAUUAAAAAAAGCUGAAAUAAAACCAAUUCAAGCCAAUAACCAAAAAGCAAAAUCACCAGGACCACAAAGCAGAGGUGAACAACAGAAAGCUAAGUCUAAAUCACCAGGUCCUCCAUCAGGACAAAAAGCUAAGUCACCAGGUCCACAACAAUCUGGUCAACCGAAAGCAAAAUCUCCAGGACCACAAUCACAAGCUCAGGCACCUAAAGACAAAUCAAAAUCACCUGGGCCUCAACAACAAACUGAAGGACAGAAAACUGCUGAACAACCAAAACAAAAGGAGAGAACGUCAAGUCAAUCGGAGCAACAAAAACAGCAGCAAAAAGCUAAAGAAAGGACUAGCAGUCAAUCAGAGCAGCAAAAGCAACAGCAAGAAAAACCUAAAGAAAGGACUACUAGUCAGUCAGAACAGCAAAAGCAGCAACAGCAGCAAAAGCAAAAAGAACGAACUAAUAGUCAAUCAGAGCAACAAAAGCAACAGCAAGAAAAACCUAAAGAAAGGACUACUAGUCAGUCGGAACAGCAAAAGCAGCAGCAGCAAAAACAGAAAGAACGAACUAAUAGUCAAUCUGAACAACAAAAACAACAGCAGCAACAGAAGUCUAAAGAAAGAACUAGCAGCCAAUCAGAACAACAAAAGCAACAUGAAAAGCCAAAAGAGAGAACUGCUAGUCAGUCUGAGCAGCAAAAACAGCAGCAACAGAAUGCAAAAGAACGUACUACUAGUCAAUCUGAGCAACAAAAGCAACAGCAACAACAAAAACACAAAGAACGAACAAAUAGCCAAUCGGAACAAAAGCAACAGCAACAACAAAAAUCUAAAGAAAGAACUAGUAGUCAAUCAGAGCAGCAAAAACAGCAGCCACCACAACAACAAAAAGAACGAACUACUAGUCAAUCUGAGCAGCAAAAGCAGCCACCACAACAACAAAAAGAACGAACUACUAGUCAAUCUGAGCAGCAAAAGCAGCAACAACAAAAGCAAAAAGAAAGAACUAACAGUCAAUCCGAGCAACAGAGGCAACAACAGCAACAAAGACCAAAAGAGCGCACCAAUAGUCAAUCCGAGCAACAGAAGCAACAACAACAGCAAAAACAAAAAGAGCGCACUAAUAGCCAAUCUGAGCAACAAAAGCAGCAACAACAGCAAAAGCAAAAAGAACGCACUAAUAGCCAAUCCGAGCAACAGAAGCAACAACAGCAACAAAAACAAAAGGAGCGCACUAAUAGUCAAUCUGAGCAACAAAAACAAAAGGAGCGCACUAAUAGUCAAUCUGAGCAACAGAAGCAACAACAGCAACAAAAACAAAAGGAGCGAACCAAUAGUCAAUCUGAACAACAAAAACAACAACAGCAGCAAAAACAGAAACAAAGAACUAAUAGUCAAUCCGAGCAACAAAAACAAAGAACUAACAGUCAAAGUGAGCAACAGAAAUCAAAAGAAAGGACUAGCAGUCAAUCCGAUCAACAAAAUUCAGCUUCUCCUAAUAAACAACCUUCAACGCCAACUUCCCCAAAUCCUGCUUCACCUGGUGUACCUGUUCCUUCGAAUGCAGCUGCAGCACCAACUCCAACUUCACCGCCCAUUCAGUUACCACAACAAAACCAACCUCAAGGACCAGGAAAACCACAACAAUCUGGUAAACAGGCAGCUGGUCAACAACAAAAACAGCAACAAGGUGGACAAGGUGGUGGUAAUAACAGUGGAAAACAGCAAAAUCAACAACAAAAGCAAAAACAACAACCUAAAAAAUAAAUGGGAGUUUUAUAUUUUUUAUACUUAUUUUUCUUUUUGUCAAUUGAUCGAAUUUUUUUUCAUAAUAGUUUAGAAACAAAAAAAAAACGAAAUUUUAAUUGAACACGUUAAAAAUAAUUCAAUUUUAAACUUCUAAAAAUUUAAUUAUCAAAAUUUAAGAUUUAUGUAUUUUUUAAAUUAUAUUUUAUAACUAUUAUAUAAUAUGUACAAUAUGUAAACAAUAUUAUACGCGCUAUUGUAUUGAACAUAUUAUUUCUAUUCAUGAAAUCGAAAUUAAAAAUCUAUAAAAAAAUACCAACUAUAAUAAAAUAUUUUUUUAUUAAUUAACAUCACAGAAAAACGUACAUGUUAUAUAAUUUAUAAUAUAAAUCUAAAAUUAAAAACCGAAAAAAAAAUGUAAUAUUUUUAAAAGUUUGCUGUGUUAAAUUGAUUUUUAUUUUUAUUUUUCUAACAAAAUGGCCUAGAAACAGUUGAAAUGAAAAGAUUAUCAAUGUUUUGAUUGUAUUUAAAAUUUAUUUAAUUUUUGUAAUUGUAUUCACCAAACAGUUAUAUUACUAGCGUUUUAAUCAAUUAUGUGUGUAUUUAAAAUUUUUAUUUUUAAGAACAAAAACAACGAGAAGGAAAAUUUU